GCCAAUACAACAUUGUAGAGCUUUAGCUUCCAUUGGACAGAUGCAGCUCUUUCUUUCUCGGCUCCUAAAAGCAGUAGCAGUAACGCUCUCCUUUCUUGUCCGGUCCUCAGCUUCUGGAGAUCUUAAUGCAAUGAUCCAGAGCAGUUCACUUGUGAAUGGCCAGACGUUGAGAUCGACAGGAGAGUUAUUCCAACUGGGCUUCUUCAAUCCAGAUAAUAGUUCAGGGAAGGGAUACCUAGGAAUCUGGUACUGCAAUCUCACACCGCAAGAAGGCACUGUAGUAUGGAUCGCCAAUCGAAACAAGUCUAUCAACACAUCCAUGGCAUCCUUCAACCUCACUUCCGAUGGAAAUCUAAUCUUGUUUGAGGAAGACAGAAUUGUUUGGUCGACGGGAACGAGAUCCACAGGACUAAAUUAUACACGCUUGCAUCUUUUAGAUUCUGGAAAUCUCGUGCUGAACGACAGCAACUCGAUUAAUCUAUGGCAGAGCUUCGACCACCCAGGCGACAGCCAGACGUAUCUCCCAGGCAUGAAGCUCGGAUUUAACUUCCGGACCAAUACUUCACGGCGGCAAGUGUCAUGGAGGAGCCCCGAGGAUCCUUCUCCAGGAGACUACACCCACGUGGUUCUUGCUUUAGCUAUUCCGGAUAUUGUUAUCUUGAAAGGAUCCGCCAAAACCCAUCGAGGCGGCCCAUGGAACGGAUAUGGUUUCGUCGGCGAUCCAAUGAUGGCGAGCAGACCCCAGGCGAGGUCAAUAAGUUUCACGUUUGUGUACAACCAGAAUGAGAUAUACUUUAUGGCUAAUUACACGGACUCGCCGACGCCUUUGCUGUCACGGUCGGUGUUGUGUGCCAAUGGAACCCUCCAGAGUUGGCGUCUAGACAGUGGUGGCAAGGGAGAGUGGCAACUUCUUUGGAAGGUUCCGGAGGACGACUGUGAUAUGUACAAUCACUGCGGCCGCAAUAGUGUGUGCACCUGGAACUACUAUACCGUCAACUGCGAUUGCUUGGACGGGUUCAUAAAGAUUGUCGAGAACGGAAGUAGCGAGGCCGGGUGGUGCGAGAGGAAGAAGCCUUUGAAAUGCUCGUCGAACAACCAGUUUUCCAAGGUGCCCAACGUGAAGGUGCCCGACACUGAGAACGCUACAGCACGAGGAAACAUGAGUCUCGAUGAAUGCAAGACUUGGUGCUUGAAUGAUUGCUCCUGCGUGGCGUAUGCGCUGAUCAGCGGGGAUGAUGGAUCAUGCAUAACUUGGCCUGGUGAUCUUCUGGAUCUCAGGGCUUUUGUCGUUGGAGGAAAUGAUUUAUACGUUCGGCUCGCAGGAGAGCAUCUGCUGGAUCAUCCAAGAAAAAAUUGCACGGGGAGAAGACUUCUAUUUAUUGUCAUCUCUAUUGCUGCAGCACUGUUAUUCCUUUGUGCAAUUUUUAUUUACCAUCGAAGAACAAAAGCAACGAUACGAAAAGGGAACCUACUUGCAGCAACAUCCAAUCAUAAAGAUCAACAUGAAAUAAGAGGUGCAGAAUCUCUAUUGUUUGAUCUAGUGGCUAUUAGGAUAGCUACGGACAACUUCUCUGAUGGAAACAAACUAGGAGAAGGAGGAUUUGGGCCUGUUUAUAAGGGAACGUUGGCAAACGGAGAGCAUGUAGCAGUAAAAAGACUUUCAAGAAGCUCAGGACAAGGACUAGAUGAGUUGAAAAAUGAAGUGUUUCUAGUUGCAAAACUUCGACACAGAAACCUCGUGAAGCUAUUGGGUUGUUGCUUAGAAUCAGAGGAGAAACUACUCGUUUAUAGUUACCUUGCUAAUACAAGUCUUGACAAGUUUUUGUUUGAUAAUUCAAAGAGGAAGCAGUUGGAUUGGACAACAAGAUUUAAGAUCAUUGAGGGCAUCAGUCGAGGACUUCUUUAUCUUCAUGAAGAUUCACCACUAAAGAUCAUUCAUCGGGACUUAAAAGCUAGUAACAUUUUAUUAGAUGCAAACAUGGAUCCUAAAAUUUCGGAUUUUGGUCUUGCGAAGCUUUUUGGUGCAGAUGAAACCCAAGGAAACACUAAAAGAAUUGCCGGAACAUUUGGAUAUAUGGCACCGGAAUAUGCCAUGCAUGGGCUCUUCUCAAUUAAAUCAGAUGUGUAUAGCUAUGGUGUGCUAGUCUUGGAGAUUCUAAUGAGUCAGAAGAAUAGUGGUCACCGAGGAAUUGAAUAUCCAAUUGAACUUGUUACUUAUAUGGUUUGGCGCCAUUGGACCCAAGGAAGUGCCCUGCAAGUGAUUGAUCAAGAUCUAGUUAAACAAUGUGAUGCUCCCCAAAUAUUAAGGAGAUACAAUGAUCCGAAGCAGCUCACUUAUUAAUAUCAACACGAGACUGUUCCAGGUGGGCUUCUUCGAUUAUGUUAACAUUUCAGCGAACCGAUGCAUAGGAAUCUGGCAUGACAAUCUCCCACUUGGAGAAGGAAAUGUAGUAUGGAUCGCCAAUAGGACCAAGUGCUUCAACACAUCUACAGAAUCCUUGAACCUGAUCUCUCCAAUGGAAAUGUAAUCUUUUUUGACGAAGAAACAAUGGUUUGGUGGAUGGGAACAUCCACACAACUCAAUUGUGUGAUCGUUGUGUACGUUCACAAAUAUGGCUCCAAAGGAACAGGACAAAAAUCAAUUGUUUUUUUGCUCUGAGUAAGCAGCAAAUUUGGGGUGCUAUAUAUGUAAACUAGACCUGAUUGAUUUGAAUCUGUGCAAGGGCAUGUAAGUUAAAUCAAUAUGACAAAUUUUAUAUGGUGAGUUAUUUUGUUGGAGAAGAGUGGCAACUCUCAGAAAAUGAUACUCCAAGUAGGUCUAUUUUGUAAGCUUAAAAAUGAUGAGACAUUUAG